GCCUUGGCAGCCGGCAGUGCUGGGCGGGCGUGGACGCUCUACGUCUGUCCAGCGGGAGAUAGGAAGUGGAACUGGGAGCGCGUGGCGCAGGCUGAGCGGGAGUUUUGGAGGGAGUUUGCAUGUGGUCAACUCUGGGCUCCUAAGCCAGCCCCCAGCUCACGUUACACUCUAUUUAUAACCUCUCAGAGCCAUUUCCCCCUGAAAGCAGUUCUCUGGGACCACCUUCUUUUGGCUUCAACCUCUCCCACUCUUGACAUCUGAGUAGCUCAGGGAAGCUCUUCCAGGUCCGACUGUUCAUAUGUAAAGGAGACUGGCCGCUGGGGCUCAGGACCGGGAUUAUCCGAGCUCUGCAGAAGUACACCGCUAUUGCUUUGGGAGGGUAAAAAAAAUCACACGGUUUCCAGUGAAAAGUGACAGAGGGUGGUGGCCUUUGGAACCGUCGUGAAGUCUUCUGCCUGGAACCCGAAACUUGCAUGCUAUGGAACACCCGCUCUUUGGCUGCCUGCGCAGCCCUCACGCCACGGCGCAAGGCUUGCAUCCGUUCUCCCAAUCCUCUCUCGCCCUCCAUGGAAGAUCUGACCAUAUGUCUUACCCCGAGCUCUCUACUUCUUCCUCAUCUUGCAUAAUCGCGGGAUACUCCAACGAAGAGGGCAUGUUUGCCAGCCAGCAUCACAGGGGGCACCACCAUCACCACCACCACCACCAUCACCACCACCAGCAGCAGCAGCACCAGGCUCUGCAAACCAACUGGCACCUCCCGCAGAUGUCCUCCCCACCGAGUGCGGCUCGGCACAGCCUCUGCCUCCAGCCCGACUCCGGAGGGCCCCCAGAGUUGGGGAGCAGCCCGCCCGUCCUGUGUUCCAACUCUUCCAGCUUGGGCUCCAGCACCCCGACUGGGGCCGCGUGCGCGCCGGGGGACUACGGCCGCCAGGCACUGUCACCUGCGGAGGCGGAGAAGCGAAGCGGUGGCAAGAGGAAAAGCGACAGCUCAGAUGGGGAAUCUGAAUUUCAGAAGACCAGCCUCAGAAGACCACACAACUCCCAGGAAGGAAAUUACAAGUCAGAAGUCAACAGCAAACCCAGGAAAGAAAGGACAGCAUUUACCAAAGAGCAAAUCAGAGAACUUGAAGCAGAAUUUGCCCAUCAUAAUUAUCUCACCAGACUGAGGCGAUACGAGAUAGCAGUGAAUCUGGAUCUCACUGAAAGACAGUUCUGGAGGAUGGGAAGUCCAAGAUCAAGGCAUCAGCAGAUUCGGUGUCUGGUGAAAGUCUGGUUCCAAAACAGGCGGAUGAAGUGGAAGAGGGUAAAGGGUGGACAGCAAGGAGCUGCGGCUCGGGAAAAGGAACUGGUGAAUGUGAAAAAGGGAACACUUCUCCCAUCAGAGCUGUCGGGAAUUGGUGCAGCCACCCUCCAGCAAACAGGGGACUCUCUAGCAAAUGAAGACAGUCACGACAGUGACCACAGCUCAGAGCAUGCGCACUUAUGAUAUAAACAGAG